UCGGGCCGAUUGUUUUGCGGGCAAUUAGCGUCCCGGCCCGGCCGGCCGUCCCGUCCCGCACGUGCGACGGCCCGCGCGGGCCAGUACGCUUCGCGUGUUCAUCGCGAGUUGACGUGUGCUCAUCGAUACGGCCCGCCCGCGUCGCGAACAUCGCGUUCAUCGUAGCCCGGUACUUUGUUCCCCGGGAAAUCGAAAAGUUUUUAGCACCUGUUGGACUAAUUAAAAUUAACUGAAAUGUUUGACUGUGUGUGAGAACAAAAUGGCUGCUGCCAUGAUUGCUGACCGAGGACUUCGUAAAAAGUUGACGCAGGAAGCUAUUGUGAAGGCUCCUAAAAAGCCGUCGAAGCGCAAAUCGGCCGCUAGCGGUUCGAGGAAUGAGAAGAAGAACGAGCAAAACAACAACAAGCGUCCGAAGAUUCAUACUGGGGAUCCUAAAUUAGACUUGUUUUCGACUUAUCAGCCUUGGGUGAUUCAGACUUAUGGGGAUUUGGCUAAAACGAAGACGAUAACUUUGAAGAAGUACGCGAGGAUUCUUCGUACGCUGCGUGGGGAGGAGUGUAACAGUUCGGACAGUUCUAAGUUUCGUUUCUGGGUGAAGGCGAAGGGAUUUCACGUGGGCAAGCCGGUGGGGUACGAAGCGAAGCCAGCGGAUGGGAUUGUGUGUCGGUACAGCGUGCAGGACGCGGAGGGCGUUACGAGGAGUCCAGAAGGGAAGGAGGUGUAUACCGGCUCGCAGAACGACCCGCCGCUUUACAUCCCUACACCGCCGUUAAAGAAUGCUCCAAAUCAAGAGCCUGUGUAUCGAAAAGUCGCGAUAGUUGAAAACUUCUUCGACAUUAUUUAUACCGUCCACGUGGAGCUAGAAGGUCGACCAGGGAAGCAUGCUGGCCAGAAGCGGACCUACAGAACUAUAACGGAGACGUACGCCUUCCUACCACGAGAAGCUGUCACGCGCUUCCUGACCGGCUGCGCCGAGUGCGCGCGGCGCCCACGCAGCGCCUCCCCCCCGCCGCUCCCCACCCCCUCUCCCUCCCCCACGCGCCACCCUCCCUACCUCCCCUUCUUACCCUGCCCCACUGACUACUCCAGAAACUGGGAGUCAGAGAUAGACGCCGCACACUCAAACUACCCUUAUGAACCAAAAUUCGACUACACCGACCUUCAGCCGCUCAAAAAAGUAGAAAGCCCGAAAGCGACAGAUUCGGAAGACCCGGAACCCACUUACAUAGAGCUUACGUCGAAGAAAAACGGUUUUGACUCGAAUACUUUAUUCAGAAGUUCUCCUAUCGAACCGCCGUUUAGAGAAGAGGAACCCGUCAGAACGGAUCCUGAGAUUGACAAAGAUGAGAACAGUCUGAUCGACGUAGAAGAUGUCAAAAGCGACAGCCCUAUUCCUAGCGUAACCCCUAAAGAAGAAGAUAACAAAGAGAUCGUAAAAAUUAAAGAAGAAAAGACUGAUGAUAAAAAGAAGAAGUACAAUCCGCUGGACGUAGCCAAUUUGACGUCGAAAGACCCUCCUAAGUCUUUAUCGCCUCCCAGAAAGAAGCUAUUGCCUUCGAGUUUAGAGUAUUCCAAUUCUUUCGGACGGUUUCCUAAGCCAUGGAGGCCGGAUGGGGGGGUGUAUUUUGGGGGGGAGGAGGUGGAUUACAGCGUGCCUAUCACGACGGCGUAUCUGAAGCAUAUGCGGAGUAUGGCGUAUCAAGAACGAAUGGAUAUGGAGAAUAAGGAUAAUUUAACACCGGAGCCUGGAGACAUGAACGACGACGAUAACUUCUCAAGUCAGGCCUUCGCGAAAGACGCAGAGAAGUUGAAAAUGAUGUUACUAGCAUGGAAUUACCACAGCCAGACUCAAGGCCGCAAUGGUGACAUCACAGAAAGCGGGGCCGAUAGCAUGGCGGACCUGUGGGCCUCGUACCACAGCGCCCUGGGGCUUGGUAACAAGCCCCCGAAGCCCCCAACCCCCCUGGCCACUGGCCACUCGAGUCCCAUCCACGUGGGGUCAGCAACGCCGGCGGAGCCGUUGUCCGCGCAUGACGAGACGUCGUCGUCGGACCGCACGAAGGACGACGACGACGCCGGCGCCUCCGACGACGACAGCGACGACCGCGCCGACCCGCAGCACCACGACCCGGAGCGACUCAAGGCUUUCAACAUGUUCGUUCGCCUCUUCGUCGACGAGAACCUGGACAGGAUAGUCCCCAUCUCCAAGCAGCCCAAAGAGAAGAUCCAGGCCAUCAUCGACUCGUGCACCCGACAGUUUCCGGAGUUUGCCGAGCGCGCCCGAAAGCGGAUCAGGACCUACCUGAAGAGCUGUCGGCGGAACAAGAAGGUCCGUGGCGACGGGCCGGCUGCGGGCAACGGGGGGAGUGCUACGGGGACUACUAAUGCUUGGGAUACUGCGGUGAGACCGACGCCAGCACACCUGACCUCGGUUCAAGCGGAGCACAUCCUUGCACAAGCGUGUGAGAACGAGAGCCUCAACGCUAAACGCAUGCGGCUAGGCCUCGACCCUGUCAGCCAGCCCAUGCCCACUGUACCCACUCCUAUGGCCAUAGACACGACAGCAACCUCAGCCGUCGCCUCCUCAUUCCUGAGCCUGUACAGCGGCAUCAGCUCAGCCCCAGCCACCUCCACCAACACCACAUCCUCCUCGCACAGCAAGGCCGCAGCCGACACCACGAGGCCCUCAGUCAGCCCCACGCUGGAGAACCCGCUGCUGAACAAUAAUAGUCUGAAGCUGGAUAACGCUAAUGGAAACGCUGGCAGUAAGACUGCAAGCCCCGCUUCGUCUCCGGCUCCGCUGUUCAGACCGUCUUUCCCGUCCACGUUCGGGACACCGCAGACUUUCGGACGCCAGAGCACCAACACAAAUCCGGCCACAGCUUUGUCGAGCAGCGCCCUCUUGUCCACGUUAUCGGCGUUGCCUCCAUCAGGUGUAGGCGUGAACGCAGCAAUGGCAGCGUACCAAAGCGCUCUGUUGUCCGCUAUGGCCGCGCACACACAUUCCUUCCCCACCAAUCUAUCCGCGCCAACAGACCUGUCCCUCAAGAGCCCGGCGCCCGCCGCGUCCGCGCACGCCGCCGCGGCGCCAUCUCUCGGCAGCAAGCCGCUGCUCAGCCACAAGCUGUCGGGCGCGGAGGUGGGCGCCGUGCGGCAGCUCAUCACCGGCUACCGCGAGUCCGCCGCGUUCCUACUCCGCUCGGCCGACGAGCUCGAGGCCCUCCUCCUCAACCAACCCUAGGACACGCCCAAAACCGACCUCGCCAGCAUUUUCGGCUUCAAAUUCGGAUACUUCUGAACUGUGCUAGUACAAAUUGUGAUUAAAAUUGGGUGCGGUUUACGAUGUCGUGUCAAUUUUUAGGCGCUUUUAGUUCGCGUCCUCGGAUUUCGGUCUCGUUUUAGGCCGGUUUUAGUGUCACGCGGACCGCACCGGACUAGUACAUAUGUACAGUAAACGACCAUAAAAAUGCAUAUCGGUCUUUGGGCAGAGACGAUUAACGUCACAUAAGCAAGAAAGCCCAACCCAAUGUGUACUGGGUUUCUUUGGUCAUGAGCAGGACCGCACCAGAUAGUCUAGAGAAGCUCACAAUCACGGGACGCAUGGCAAGCAAGCGAAGAAGUAGAAGCAUGGGUACACAUUGAGCAGACAGAAUAACGUCUG